AUGGGGUCAGUUUGCUGUGUUGCUAAGAAGAAAAGAACCCACCCAAAUCGAAUUGAAGGUGAAACAUUGCGCAGGAAUGCCAUAUGUUCACCGUCAUGGAAUUUUCAAUGGGAUAAUCGACAGCGUGUUUCUAGUGAAAUUGGUACUCCAUAUCAAGUCUCUCAUGGAAUCAGUACUAAUGAUAGCAUGGAGUUAAAAGGUGCAUUAAGUUCUGAAAGGGGUAAUUUCUCAGAUCUGGGAAGCCCACUGGAGAAUUUUGGAACACCUAUAUCUCAAAAGUCCCCUCUUCAUGGAGGAACAGGUACAAAUCUGAGUCCAUCUCCAAAUAUAUCCAUUGCAAGAAAUUAUUCUCCAGAUGUGAAGAGUUUGACAGAAUCACCGGCAAUUGCAAAUUCAUUUGCAUCAAAUGUUUCGUUGUCCAUGCCUACAAAUUUAUCAAUACCAACUGCAGAACCAUCAUGUACCCCUAGCUAUCCACUAUUUCCCAACUCAACCCCAUCAAGACGAGCCCGUCGUUCACCAGGACAUGAGCUGUUGAGACAGGUUUCUGAUAGUCGGCUAUUGGGAUUAAAAUCUCCAAAUAACAACUCAAUAUCUGAAGGAAGACAAUCAUUUGUACUCUCUACUUGCAGCAAUGACAUGGCGCCUGGAUCUCUAGGUGGGUCCUCUGAUGGCUGGUCUAUGCGUACCUUUUCUGAGCUCGUGGCCUAUUCUCAAAGGGAAAGAUGGUCUUCUGACAUU